AUGGCGUUCUUUGAGGCCCUCAAAGAUAAGGCCGUCAACACGUUCAACCAGGUUUUGGACAGGGCCCCGGCUAAUGGCUUGUCUAGAGACGAGGCCUUUUGCAGAGAACACAAUCUUCCGGACGGAGAGGUGAUUCUAGACGAGCUGGCGGUGGAGAUCUGCUGCAAACCAGAAAACUCUAGAGACGCCUACAAUGUGCUGUAUCCGCAGGGGCGGAUCUAUUUAACCCAGCACUUUCUUGUGUUUCGGGACGUUUUCGACCGCAGAAACUGCUCCUUCGUGAUUCACCUCAGCACGGUAAAGAAGGUCGAGAGACUUCCUACCAGCUCCUACGGCUUUGCAUUGUCCAUUGGCACGCACAGUCGGAUUAACGUCAAGAUCUACCUCGUGGGCUUGCGGUCUGAGAGUGAGCGCUUCUCGCUGCAGUUGAAGAUGUCCUUGAAGAAGAACUUACCCAACGUUAAGAAGCUUCCGCCAUUUAUCCAGACAUGCUACUCCGAGUACCUUUUGGCCAAGAACAAAGUCAGCAACGAGAAGGUCGAACAUAUGCCGCCCGGCGGUUUGGGCGUCAAGUUCAAGUUCCCUGGUGACGCUAAGGCCAACAGGGACAAGACCAAGAUGAAGUUGUGGUUUGACCUCUUCCGGGUCGACGGCCGCAACUUGUCGCUUAUCAAGACGCCCAUGUUCUACAAGCUCGUACGUGUGGGCCUUCCGAAUAGGCUUAGAGGCGAGAUCUGGGAGUUGUGCUGUGGCUCCAUCUACCUUAGGUUGGACCACACCAACGAGUACGAGACGCUCCUCAAGGAAAACGAGGGCAAGAAGUCCGUGGCCAUUGAGGAGAUCCAGAAGGAUUUGAAUAGAUCGCUACCAGAGUACGCUGCCUACCAGGACAAGGAGGAACCCGAUAUCGGCUACUGCCAGGCCAUGAAUAUUGUGGUGGCGGCUUUGCUUAUUUACAUGUCGGAGGAACAGGCCUUCUGGUGUCUUAAUGUGUUGAUCGAUCGUGUGGUUCCAGGUUACUACUCGAGAACCAUGUACGGCACCUUGCUUGAUCAAAGAGUGUUUGAGUCACUUGUGGAGAACUCCAUGCCCGUGCUCUGGAAUCACAUCUCGAAAUACGACAUUCAGUUGUCCGUCAUUUCUCUUCCAUGGUUCCUUUCGUUAUACUUGACCUCCAUGCCUUUGGUGUUUGCAUUCAGAAUUCUCGAUGUGUUCUUUCUCCAGGGCCCUAAGACUCUCUUCCAGGUGGCCUUGGCUAUUCUCAAGGUUAAUGGCGAGGAGCUUUUGAAGGCAGAGGACGAUGGAACAUUUGUCUCAAUCCUCAAGGAGUACUUCCUCACCUUGGAUCAGUCUGCUCACCCUAACGCCCCUAACCCAAAGCUUAUGGUUACGGCUUUCAAAGAGUUCUCGGUGAUCAAUGAGGAGGUCAUUGAGAGACAUAGAGCUAAGCACAGAAACACCAUCUUCCUGAGCAUCACCACCUUUGUCAAGAGGACGGAGUUGAGACAUUUGCCAAAGACCGCAAACCUCUCACAGACCGACAUCUCGUUACUCUAUGACAGAUUCUAUUCUAUUGUCACCUCCACCAUCACGGUCGGCACAGAUUUGCGAUUGGGUCGAGACGGAACCAAUGACGACGCUGCCAAACAGGAGGCCUUCCUUCAAAGACUCUUCGAUAACUGGGAUUCUAAGUCUGAAGGUUCCCUAUCAUUGGCUGACCUUGUGGUUGGUUUGAACAAGCUUUUAGAGCCCGACUUACUCACGUCCAUCUCCAACUUCUUUUCACUUUACAGCAAGGAUGACAAGGUUGACCGAGAGGGAAUUUUGACUAUUUCCGAAGACUUGCUUUACAUCACAUCUCCAUGGAAGAAGGGUCUCCUUUUAGAUUCUCUUACGGAGACCGCCAUUGAAAAUGCCAUUGCCGAUGAGCUCUACAAGCAACAAAAAGAGUCAGGCAAUCCGAAUGGUGAGGGUAUCCAAAUCCCACAAAAGUUUGACCUCGAUAAGCAGAGAAUUGAAAAUAUGCAACUCGAGAGAUAUCUUUCUGCAGCCAGCACCUUCAUCCAAAGAGCAUUUGAAUAUGCUCAACCAGUUGAAGAUGAAGAGGUAUUGAUCGAGGAACUCAAGAUCGAUAACACAAUCACCAGUAAUGCUGCAUUGAACCCUAGUACUCCCGUUUACCUAAAUUUGCCUACUUUCAGGAUGGUUGUUUUAGCUGAUGAGACUUACGAGCUAUUUUUCAGCGAUACCUUCCGUGGAUCGUUCCACAUUGAUAAGCCGCUUGACUCCAAGGUGAACACAAUGCGUAACUUGAGAGACAUGUUUGAUGGACUUAUCGCUGAUGGACGUGAGGUGGCCAAGAAGGUGCGCCGUCGUAUGGACUCCCAAGCUACACCACCUCAGCAUAGCGACAACUCGUCUGUACAGUCAGGUAAGUCCUCCAAAGCACAAGAAGAGGAGGAUGAAAGAGAUGAUGACUUUGGAGUUAUCGACAUCGACGAGAACGAUAAGAAUCUUGUCCUUGGAGCUGAGGCACAGGUCAUGGUUGGCUCUGUCAACGACACCAAGGAGGAAGAGAAGAGGAUUGAAUCUCUCAAGAAGGCUGAAGCUUCGGAGGAUCGCAAAAAGCAAAAUAAUGACGGAAAUCUCAUUGAGUUUGAGACAUGA